UCACGAGCAUCAUGCUGGAUUGGACCCAUAUUUUGCUAACUGAAGGGCAGAGGUGGAUGUGAGCAGGCAGCAGCAGAGUGGUCUCGGCCGGACAGAGCAACCUGUGCCUGGCUCUACCCGGAACCAUUAUGCAGACAGGAAACUACCAUUUUAAAGCUAGCAGCAUUGGAGGAGCCGUCGUCCAUAGGGGGGGACACCUAAAUCUGACACGGGGCGGAAAACAGCCAACCGAGGAGAAAAGACGGGAAAAUACGACGCAAACAAAACAAAGGCGCCGUUUGGGAGAGGACGAGCAGUAAACCGGGGGAGCUGUAGGACUGAGGCGGCGAACAAUGGACAUAUCGGGCCAGGCCAGCGGAAAUAGUUUUUGUUAGCGAAUGAAAAGCAGCCCUCCCGGGCCGAUGGAGAGCCAGGCCUUUCACAGUGUUUUUCCAUGGAUGAAGAAAAAGGCCCCGCUGACUGGCAGUAGGGACACCGCUCUUACGGCGCACUCCUCGCUUGGUGUUUUCACAAUUUUACUCCCAUGUUUCUGAGGUGUUUUUGCACCUAGCCAUCGUAUGCUACAAGGUUGCCUCAAGAACUCCAUGAGGGGACAGAAGGCAACAACCAAUGGUUCUCCCUCUGCUGAAAUAGCACACUCCUUUCCAUGUAACUGCUGACCUGAUUUUCUAAAUAUUAUGGAACACUUUGAAGAAACACUACAGACUCUGUUUUUAGUAUGAUUUAGCUUAAUGCAUAUUUAUGACCCUUUUUUAUUAAAUCUCCCAGAAGCACUUGCAGGCUUCCCGCUUGAAUGAAAAACUAAUAGUGAUACAAAAAAAAUCGGCUUUCGUUGGAUUAUAGCGGUUUGUUGGAAGUUUGGGGUCAGGACUACCUCUGAAUAUCCCAACUUGUCCCAGCUGUUUCUAGCAUUAAAGGCUUAGUGCAAGCAGCACUUUGCACCUCACGGAUUGGAAGAUGUUCCAAUUCAGCAAGUACCCCAUGGACAUUUUAGAGAUGCUGAGCGGACACCAGGCCCACCAGUUUAAAGGCCUGGGAUUAGAGCGGCAGCUAAGCCACCAGCAGCAGGUCCAGCUGCAGCACCAGCAGCAGCUCCAGCAGCAGCACCAGCCCUCCGUUGACGGCUCAGGAAGCCUGCUCUCCGGCCUGGGCCUAGGACCCCUCCAGAGUUCUCGGAGUAAUGCCUUCGCAGACUCCUCCUCGUUAUUUGCCAAAAUGAGCGCCCCCCCCUCAUCAAUCUCUCAUCAGAGCCAGUCGUCUUCCUCUCACAGCUCCAGAAAGUCCAGUAAAAUGAGCAGUGGGAGCGGGAGCUCGGGAUACCCCCAGUUCCUGCGGCCAUUCCACCCGGCCGAGGCUGCGCUGGCUCAGGAGCAGCUCCACUCUGGGAUGGGACGCUUUGACUUUGGUAGCGGCAGCAGCGGUGGGAUUGUCACUCCCGCACCCCCGCCUCCACCGCUGCAUCCAGGCCUCUCUGUCCCCCAGCCCUCUGCUGGUCUCCCCACUUCCUCGCCCUCUUCCUCCACCUCCUCAGCCAACAACCCCUCCGGCAGCACUGCGGUCCCCUUAGUGGGCCAGUCCGACCCCCGCAGCCUCCACCAGCAGUUCAGCUGCAUGCUGGCUGCCAACCAGUACUUCCUUUCUGGCGUCCCCACCAACAGCAGCCUGGAGCAGUUCCUCGUGCAGCAAGGCACUCACAACCACUUGGGUUUGGGUCUCAGCCAAGGGCCCAUCGACUCCAACUCUGGCCUGGCUCCUCCCCCUUCCCUCCACUCCGCACACAGCCACGGCCACUCAGCUCCACAGCAGCAGCAACAGCAGCUGAGCUCUCACGCCUUAUCUCAUCCCCACAGCCACACUCACCACCCUCACCCUCUCCACCCGGCGCCCCAGCCUGCCCCUCUGGGUGGCUUUGAUUUCCAAGGCAUUCCAGUCCUCUCCUCUAACCAGAUAGCAUCGCUAAUGCAGCAAGAGGCUGGCCUUUCCCUCCCCCUGCCCCUGCACCUGUCCCUCUCUAAAGACGAUGCAAAGACAGGAGACAGCUCGUCUUCAUCUGCUUCAAGCGGAGGAAGCAGGAGAAAGAAAGCAAUGGCGGGCUACCUCCCCCAGAGGAAAUCAGAGACUAGCAUCCAGACAACUCACAGCAGCAGUGUCAGUAACUGCCACAGCAGCUCGAGUGGGCACAGUCAGAGCUCCUCAGCAGACCACGUGGGAGGAGAAUCUGGGGGUGUUGGGAUAAGUGACAUCGGAAGCGAGCCACAGCAUUCCUCUCACCACUCAUCAUCCUCACAGCGACAGCAGUCAUCCUCCAGCGUCUCCUCCUCAUCCUCGGCCCCUCCUUCUAAUUCCACCUCUGUGCUUGUAGCCAACGGUAACCAACAGUUGUCCAAAUCCCAGGACAGUAACAGUUCAUCCGGCCAGCCGGAGCCAGAACCCCUCUACCACUGUGGUGAAUGUGGUAAAACCUUCACCCACCUCUCCAGCCUGCGAAGGCAUCUCCGCAGCCACGGCUUGACACCAGAAAGCCAAAGCAGGAAGUCUGACUGUAACUCCCCAAGCCCAGAAAGGGUAUUCUGCUGUGGUCAGUGUGGAAAGAAAUUUAAAAAGAGGGGUCACCUCAUCCAACAUAGCGUCACCCACUCAGAAAACCGGCCUUUUGCCUGCAACAUCUGCCAAAAGUCUUUCAACCGGCGAGAGUCUCUUACGAGACACGAGAAGAUUCACGACGAUAAGCCUUUCCGCUGCCCGGCCUGCGGGCGCUGCUUCCGGGAGAGCACCUCUCUUCUCAACCACGCUGCUUCAGGGGCCUGUGGCAAACCUCCUCGGAGUUCAAAAAACCGCGCCAGCAGCGAAGGGAGCGUAUCAUCCAACCCGAGCAGCAGCAGUAAAAUCGGAAGCAGUGGAAACAGGGUGGGACUCCCAAACGAUGGGGCAGCAAUGGCCAAUGACAAGUAUGCAACAGAUUUUUCCAGAAACCGCUACCAGAAUCACUUGCCCUAUAGCGGGGUGGACGAUUACAGGCGAUCACAACCAGCGUCCCUGUACUCCCCAGAGAGUCUAGCCAGUGAAAUGAACAACCAAACUUUGCGUAAGGCCCCAUUAGCCCCAACUCUGCACCCCCACCCACAGCCACAGCAGCAGCAGCAGCACCACCACCACCAACAGCCACCGCAGCAGCAACAGCCGCAGCCACACCUCCCCCUCUCCUCCCUAUUGGAUGAUUCGGAGGAUGAAGUCACCAGCAGUGCGAUGUCGGCCAUCGCUGCUGCAGCUGCUGCUUCCUGUGAUUUAAACGCUGAAGGUCGGGACGGAGAGAGGAGGGAUAUCAUUGGAGGCCUCCUGGGGGGGUUGGGGUUUGGUAACCUCAGCGGACCGUCUUCUACGUCCAGCCUCAACGGUGCCACAUUGCCUUUGACCCACCCUAGCCAGCCCCACACAAAGCCCCGGAGGCCAAGAAAGCCCCGAGAGAAGAGAGACCCAAACAACAUCGUCAGGAGGAGAAGAAGCCCCGCCCCUCCAGGAGAUGGGUCAGAGCGGCCGUACAGCUGCCAGGUCUGUUGCAAACGCUUCAGGAGGGCGGAGACGCUGCGGCGCCACACCCGCGUUCACACGGGCGAGAAACCUCACGCCUGCGACGUGUGCGGCAAAAUGUUCCGCGAGCCUUUCCACCUCACCAAGCAUCUGACCGUGCACUCGGGUCAAAAGAACUACAAAUGCAAUCUGUGCGGGAAGAUGUUUGCCUAUGCACAGAGCCUGGUGAGACACGGGAAGCUGCACAGGAAAGGCGAGAUCGACAGCCAGGGGAGGCGGGUCAAAGGUGCUGCUGCCGCUGCUGCUGCUGCUGCUGCAGCCGCCGCCAUCAGUCAGGUCGGCCCCUCAGGAAACUCUGACUACUUCUCAUCCUGCUCCCAAGGAGAAAAGUCUCCCACAUCUGGCACCCCCUCUCAGAGGCUUUACACCUGUACAGUGUGCUGGAAAUCAUUCCGCCACUACUUCCACCUGACGGCACAUCAACAGACUGUUCACGGGGGAGGGGUCGGGCUGGAGAAGUCCUUUCGAUGUGAAGUGUGCGGUAAAGCCUUCGCCUACUCCAACAGCUUAGUGCGCCACAAGCUGUCUCAGCACGGCAUCGACCGCAACGGCCAACGGGUCAACCAGUCCCAACCCUCGGGAUACGCCCCGGUCUUCUACGACUCAGGGUCAGGUUCUAACUACGCCGGGUCUUCACACAUGCAACAAGGGGCUCCUGGGCAGCAGCAGCAGCAACAACAACAACACCCUUUUCACUACCGCUCGAAAAACAUCCAAAAGCGGCUUGGUCAAACAAAAAAACAAAAAACAAAAAAACCGCAAGUUCUGAUCCACAGCAUAAUGAGAGACGGAAAGCUGGUGGGUGUUCCUCUGAGUAACGACACCCGCAAGAAGCUGAUGCUUCUAAGGAAAAAGAGGGGCAGACUGCAGGAGGCGCUCAAGAAGAAAAAGAUCCUGGCGCAGCUGAGGGUAAAGGGCUGCGUGGUGAAGGCAAAGUCGUGGAGCGGAGGCGCCGUCACAGUCACCGGCCUCUCCUCCAUGGAAAUCCCCAUUAAGCGCUUCCCCUGCCCAAUCUGCCCCAGCGCCACCUACGCCCUGCCGGGUGCUCUGCUGGUCCAUCGCGCCGUCAGGCAUCCGCCGAGGACCUCAGGCCGCAGCGCCCGCCUGCGCUGCCAGGUUUGUGGCAGGCGCAGCAGCUCACUACACAAAGCCUUGAAACACCGGGGCAAGCAUCUGAAGCAAGCCGCGUUCCAAUGCUGCAAAUGUCGACACCACUUCUGGAACUCGCUGCUCCUGGCCCGCCACGACUUCUGCUGCCGGGGGCCGCCCAUCAGCAGGGGCUGGGAACUGAUGAAGAUGAAGUCCCCGCCUUCAGAAAGCAACCAUUCGCCGGCCCCGCUAGCGCUGCCGGUUCUGGUCCAGCCCGAGAGAUCAACAGUACUGACUGAGUACAGCCAGUAGACAAAAAAAAAAAAAAGACUGUUUUCUAGACUAGAUUGUUUUGAUGUUUUAUUUUUUUUAGAUAACCCAAGAAGCAAGCAAGAGCUAGCACGUUUUUUUAACAGAACAAGUGGGGAAGGUUUAGUGUAACUACCGUAAUACCCCCACAAUGCACCCUGAUAAAUCUGUAUACAAUCCUGACUCACUGCAGCAGAGGGGGUUGGAAAUGAGUGGACUUCAAAAGGCCCUAAAUCACCCUCAUCACCCUUCUGCAGGGUGGAGGAACUCUACACACAGUUUAGUAGCACCUGUUUGAAAAAACGCAUAAUCCAGUUUCAUCAUCAUGUUUUAUUUUAUUCCUCCUAUUAGCAGUGUUUGUGCAUAAUAUGGAUUGGAUGCGGAUUGUAGAAGUGAGGUACCUUUUUAGUACCUGUUUAUUUUUUCAAGUUGUUUUCACAUUAUUCACAGUUAAUCCGUAUAGUCUGGGUCUCUUGCUCUGUAUGUUUAUUUGUGUGUGUCCCCCCCCCCUAGUGGAGAGUCUCCCACUUUUUAUACUGAGAUCUGCCCUUUAAGCUAAAUUAAUCUUUUAAGAAAGAAAAGUAAAGGGUCUAAUCUGUCACGAAAAGGCAGUUUGAUGUGCUAAAGGGUGUCAAACUCAAUUUCAUCGCGGGCCACAUUAGCAUUAUGGUUGCACUCAAAGGGCCGGUUGUAACUUUAAGACGAUAUAAAUAUAUAAAAUAAUGUAUUAUAUGACAUUAAUGCCUCUGCAUUUGAUUAUUAUCGGAUAGGGUAAUAACUUCAUAAUUAACUACGUCUGAAGGCGAAAGUCCAGGGCAAAUAAUUGCAAGUCUCUUCAGUGCGCAUGUCACAAAAUGAGAUGCAUUGUGGGACAUGUUGUUUAUUGGCAAUGUGCUUCUGUAAAGUGGCAAGUAACCGUAUAAUAAACAUAUUAUAUUCUUUGAAAGCUCUUGCGUAAAAUGAAGUCGCGGGCCGGAUUUGGCCCCCGGGCCUUGAGUUUGACACCCCUGUGCUAAAGUGACUGAAAAAGGAAAAGUAUUGGUGACCUUGUUUUUAAUGUACACUACUUUUGUCAUGUUUGUAAAGAGGCGUGGACAGAAAACCAACUUUUCAUGUGUUCAGGAUUCGAAAAAGGACAACAGAAAUAACCGGAGUGUACUGAACAAUUCGUAUUAUAUUUUAUUAUAUAUUGAUUAUUUGCUGUUUUUUACUCCAAGUAUCAUUUCUGUUAUCAUUGUUGGUAUUGUAUGGGUGGGAGGGAACGAGGUGGGGUCUUUGUAAAACAGCAGGAUGAGUAUAUGUAUCGAUGUGAUAUUCCCGUACCCUUUACCCGCUCCCUCAUUGCCACAGUUAAGCCCAAUUUUUGUAACACAACGUGUACACAUAGUUCAUUACUUAGGUCCUGUCCAACAUGUUCUUUCUUUUCUGUAAAACUAAAACAUGUAAUAUUACUAAAUUACUAUCCUUUUUCUUUGCCUAAAAGUGAGUUGUUGAAAACCCUCAAAUCAAAUAAAAAAAAUCUGAAAUGGUACCCUUUGUUUAAUUUGAUGUUUAAAGUUAAAGGCACCCGUCCAUCUGAGAUAUAAUACAAACUAUAUUCAAACCUGUGGUAUCGGUUUUAGAAAUUUUCUGUUUCCUAGAACAUUUCAAAUAAAUAACUGAAAGGAAAGAGCUCAACUUAAAAUAUUAAUUGAAUGUAUUAUUGGAAAUAUAAGCCUUCCUAUAAUCUAAUUUUGCAUGUUCAGUUAAAAGAAUGAAGUACUCUAUAGGUUACAUCAGUAAUGAAUAAAUUGGAAGGCUAUCAACACUGAACAAAUGGGAUCAUAAAUAGUAGGGUCAGCUUUCUCUCUCGUGGCUAACCACAGCAGUAACUUCCAAAGGGGUCGCUUUCACCACAAGAAGCUGUGGUUUCCUUAGUUCAAGUCUCGUGCCCUUCUGUCAAGAUAGUCACAGUUUCAGACAAUAUUACCUGGAAUGAGUUCAUAGUCAUAACGGAAGCAAUGCCACAGAUAUAUUUGAUAAUUCACUGUUCAGAUUACCUCUUUUUACUGAAGGUCCCUUUACCUAACUGUGAAUUUCAUUUAUGUAACUUUAAAUUCUAUUAGAGCUACAUUCAGAUGAAACAAAAGAAAGUGACAUUGAUAGCCCUGCCUCUAAAGCCACUAACUCAAAAGUAUGACCAUGACCGUAUAAAAGCAUUUGAUGUAUAUUUUGCAGUCAGAAUUUCAACGAAUGUAAAAUAUUUGAAAAAAGAAAAACCCAUUUAUGCUUUUAAAUGAUUAAAUAAAUCUGUUUUAAAAAGUUG